UCGGGGACGCGCGCGCGGGCACGCGCUCAGGGGAAGGCGCAGGUGAGGAGCUUUGCCCUGUUAACGUCGCGCGCGCUUAGUCAAGCCACGUUUAUUAGGGGUUAUUGGGGGGAGGGAAGCAAAGUGUAGGUAAUCUGAAGAAACGGUGCUUUAACCACAUUCUUUGUGCGCGAGGAGCAGCUCCAUCCCGCCGAGCAUCGAGUCAGCUCGUGAAAGUGACAGAUUCGGAGCGGAACCUGGACGUAGAGCCGGACCUGCUGAUGGUGCAGUAAGGCGCCGCUCGCACCCGAGCCCCGGAGGCGCGCGCAGCGCGGGAGCGCGCACAGGGGGCGUCGUGCUUCGCAGCGCUGCUCUGCGUCUCCCUCACAAAGGACGCGCGUCCGCGAGCUCGCCUUCGCACUGAACGCGCUGCAGUCGGAGUCACCGACCAGGGAGGGAGGGAGCGCGCGUCCCCGUCGCGGGUGCCCGAUGGCUGUCACCAGGGCUAAGGUCCCUGUGUGCCCCCAUGGCGGUGAACACGGGCGAUGACAUGCCCACGGCACGCGGCGGAACGGGCAUGGCGCGCGCCGGAGCCCUCGCGCUGAUCCUCGCGUGCUGCUGCGGGCUGCGAGCCCGCGCGGAGGUGAUCCCUGAAGUGAGCUACCUGAACACACUGCAGAGCACAGCCCCCCUGUCCUGCUCAGAAGGUUUCACGGAGCUCGGCUACUACAACGGCUCCGUGUCGCAGACGGACUCGGGUUCGCCGUGCCUGCGCUGGACCGAGUUCCCCGACUACGUGCAGCAGUACCCCGGGCGCGGCCUCGGUGACCACAACUACUGCCGCAACCCCGACCGCGAGUCCAACCCCUGGUGUUUCUUCCGCCAGAGCUCAGGCGCCAUCGGCUGGGCCUACUGCGACUGCCACCAGGGUGCGGCCAGGUUGGUGGGUGGCUCCUCCCCCAGAAGUGGGAGUCUGGAGGUGUAUCUGAAUGGCCAGUGGGGAGCGGUGUGCGACACCCACCUGACGGACCGUGAUGCCAGCAUGGUCUGCAGACAGCUGGGCCUGGGAGAGAUCGGCACCGCGCUCCAGCACUCCUAUUUCGGGCCUGGCGCCGGGCUCUUCCACUAUGAGCGGCUGGGCUGCCGUGGAAACGAGAACUCCCUCCUGGAGUGCCGGAGCAGGAAGUUUGUCACCGGAGACUGUAACCAUGGCAACGAGGCCGGAAUCGUGUGUGCUCCACCUGAAGGCAACGGUGCCCCCCUGAGGCUGGUUGGAGGUCUGGAGGAGUUUGAAGGCCGAGUGGAGGUCUACCACAAUGGAAGGUGGGGCACCAUCUGCGAUGACAAGUGGGACGACGUGGACGCUGAGGUGGUCUGCCGGCAGCUGGGUCUGGGGGGCAUCCCCAAGGCCUGGUCAUGGGCCCACUUCGGACAGGGCUCGGGGCCAAUCCUGCUGGAUGCGGUGCAGUGCUCUGGCAACGAGCUGUCGCUGGACGAAUGUCUCCAUCCAGGCUGGGAGCAGCACAACUGUGACCACAUGGAGGAUGCUGGAGUGUCCUGCAGCCCAUACACUGAUGGGGUGGUGAGGCUCGUGGGGGCCGACAGCCCAUGGGAGGGGCGCCUCGAGGUGUACCACGCUGGCGACUGGGGCAGCGUGUGUAACCAGAACUGGACGGAGCUCCAUGCCCAGGUGGUCUGCCGCCAGCUAGGCUUCAGGGGGCGAGCUGAGGUGACUCCCGAUGGGGUGUUUGGAGAGGGACUGGGUCCAAUCCUGCUGGACAGGGUGCGCUGCGCAGGCACGGAGCGCUCCCUGCUGGACUGCGAGCACGGGCCGUGGGGUCGACACAACUGCGAGCACAGCCACGAAGUGGGCAUUCGCUGCGAGGGCGGGGCCGAGACAAACGAGGUUCCAGCGGUUCCACCUGUCACAGGGCCCCCGAUGCGGCUGGUUGGUGGGCGGAGCCACAAGGAGGGCCGUGUGGAGGUUCUCGUUGAUGGCCAAUGGGGUGGAGUUUGUGUCGACGGUUGGAAUGACCUCAACGCGGCCGUGGUGUGUAGGCAGCUUGGGUUUGGGGGGCGCUCCAAGGCUCGUCCCGCCUUCUACUUUGGCAAGGAUCAUGGCGCCAUCCGCUGGGGCCGUGUGAGGUGCUCAGGGCAGGAGGUCACCUUGGGAGACUGCCCCAUCGGGGGCCGGGGCAUCCAGGACUGUCGCCAUGGUGAUGGGGCUGGGGUCACCUGUGACCACGACCCAGAGCCAGUAGAGGGCAGCAUCCCAGGAGGGCGGUCCUGUGGUUUGAGAACCAGUCAACUGAAACACGGGAAGAGGAUUGUGGGAAGGGAGGAGUCACUCAGUGGGGAGUCACCGUGGCAAGUAUCCCUCUGGCCCGUGUUGCAACCCACAGGAAGUCAUCCAUUGUGCAGCGCCACCCUCAUCAACCCCUGCUGGGCCCUGACUGCUGCCCACUGCUUUGUGAGGUUCGGCGGAGACCCCUCAAGCUACGUGCUGCGGCUCGGUGAUCUCCGCGGUGAGCAAUACAGCCUCACCCCCGAGCGGAUCGUCAUCCAUGAGAAAUACCGAAGCUCUGAGGGGCGCGGGUGGGAGUACGACGUAGCGCUGCUGCGACUGCCGGGACCAGAAGGGAAGUGCACGGACCUUGACGACCGCAUCAACGCAGCCUGCCUCCCCGCCCUCUCGGCAGACAGCUGGAACCACCGACCGGCUACCUGCGUCAUCACAGGGUGGGGCGUCAUCACAGGAUCGGGCUCCAGCACCCUCCUGCAGUCCUCGGUGCCCCUCCUGCCAGCAUGGCGGUGCAGGCAGCGCUACGGCGAUCGCUUCUCCAACCGCAUGGUGUGCGCGGGCAGCCUGGGGGCCGACCAGUGGACGGACAGCUGCCAUGGCGACGGAGGCGGGCCCCUCAUGUGUCAGGACCGCGCUGGGAUCUGGGUCCUCACAGGGAUCCUGUCUUGGGGUCACGGAUGCUCUGACCCCAUCUUCCCGGGGGUGUACACGCGAGUCGACCACUUCUUGCGCUGGAUCGAGCACGUCACGGGGGGCCCGGCAGAGAUCUGACACCUUGGGGCACCUCCAGGGCUGUGCGACUCUCUGGGGUUGGGGUUGGGGUUGGGGUUGGGGGCAGAAAUGCUACGACCAGAAUGAAAAAUAUCAUUGGAUUUGACCAGCAGAGCUAAGCUAAGCCGCUAAUAUGUGUGUAUACUGUACCGCCGGCAGCGGUGUCGGCCCGCUUUUUUUUUAUUUGCUCAGAACGACGUAGAUUAGUUUCUCCGUGGAUGUUGGGGGGGAGAACCCUGACGCCCUGCAGGCUUAAACCCCAUAACCUCCAAGACGGGGGUGGGUACCUGACCGACACCUCAGCCACUGUUGUAACGCAGCCCAGGAUGCGUCGGCUCACGGGAACGACCGCCGUCGGCAACCUGAGGACAAGAGUGAUGUCACUGUGGAAACCACGUUUUGUUUCCGGAACAUUCCCUCUGCAUGCAUCAGUGUCCUGCUUUUCCAUGCUUCCGGUUUGGAUGCGAGGUCAGAGGUCUGGGGCCUCUUUCGGAUUGGCUGAAGUGCUGAGCGGAGCGUCCGUCCCCCAGUGUCGUGCCGUAGGUGAUAUUAGCUAGGGGUUUGCUUGUGACGUAGAGCUUAGACUUGGAUUUCCUAACUCUUCUCACCGUUCGACCGCUUGUCGACCGAAAACCACUUUGAGGUCAAAGGCCUUUCUGAUGACGAACCUGAUCGAACACGCUCCCAUAUUUCAGCAUUAUCAAAACCCGUCUUAUCGUUGAAACAUGGCGAAAAAUUAAGACGACCACCUUAAAUGUCAGUUAUUUAAAUUAAAAUUUAUGACUCGUGACUGAAGAAGCAUAUGCCAUGUUUCAGUUACGAAAAGAGAAAGUCAAUUUACCUCUAUAAUUUACGCUUAUUCGUUCAGCAGACACUUCUCUCCAAAGCGUGUGUUUAUUCCGACCGGACAGAUGUGGGGGGUUCCAUGUGGAAAGGCUAGAGAUCAUAAAUAAGUUUAAUUUUUUUAUUCAGUGUGCGAUCAGGUUCUGAUUUACUGUACACUUAAUUCAGGAUUGUGUAAAAAGUACUUUCUGAAUGUUUCUUUGUUUUGCUCUCCAUGAAUGAACUAUGCGCUGAACCUCCAGCAGGCGGCGCCAUUGUGUCUGUACUCGUGAUUGAAACUUGGACUCAGUUGUCUCGCUGUGCAUUGUACUGUAAAGCAUCUAAAAAGCAUAAUAUUCCUACUAUUCCUGUUCCUCGCAGCUUUUCUUAAUCCAAACCAUAGCAGUGCGUCAAAGAUGUGAGACAAAGUAACGUAAUGUAUGAAUUUUCAUAUUUCUCCCGGGGGGGGAUUGUCUCGAAUGGCAGACCGUCGGUGGCGUAGAGUGUUUUUUUUUCAAAUAUUUCAUACGAUACCUUCCUGUCCCCUCUUUUCUAUUACUGUGAUUUAUGACUUAGUGAAGUGUUUAUGUCAAUAUCUGCAGAGCGGUUAUGAAUUAUUAAAUUAUGAUGUAAACUCUCCCCAGGACACAGAGCAAUUGCAGGUUUGAUCCAGAAGGUCACGUCCAGCAGGAAGGAUGGAGGCUGUCUGAGGAUCUCUUCACUGGGGGGGGGGGUGGUCAGGACAAGGGCCAUGUCUCUCAUGUUGGGGACCAUCGGGUUCGAGGAGGGAGGGAGGGGCGUGUCUGGGCCUGGAUGACACACGGCAGCUCCAUCGAUGGACCCAAACCCCUAAUGGGUGGAGGUCACCCAGCAAGCCACCCCCCCUCCAUCUUUGUUACUAACGCGUCUCGGUACCUUAGUCCAGUUUCCUGAAACUUCCUGUUGCCCAUCAGAGGGUUUGACCCUGUCCUUCCCCGCUGUUGCCAUAGCAACCAAGCUCCUGAGGCCUCCUGCAAUCCUCUGCCUGCCACUGAACUGACCCCUGUACAUUUCUGUUUUGGGUAGGGAUGGGGUGUUGGGGGAGGGGUGGUGGGGGCAGUUACGGUCACCCACCCCAGUCGCUCUGCUCAUUGUACCUUGUGCUGCCAUUUGCAUCUGGUGUUGCUGUAAAAAAAUGCGUUGUGUUUCCUUGUGCAAAUGUUCACCAAUAAACUGAGCCCUGCUUGUGUUU